UAUGAUACAUAUACACACACACAUCAUUUUGAAAAAAUCCGUUUAAUUAUAGUGAAGGAUAUUCAAAGUGUUUAAUGUAAGACGUUCUGUGAACGUAAAGGUAAACAAAUCUAAUUAACAAUUCAUUAAAUUCUAAUUAUUUUCAUCUGUUCGAUAUUAGAGAAUUAUUAUUUUUAUCAUAGUGAAAACAUACGUGACAUACUUUUGCAGUAAGGAAGGAGGAAUAUAUUAAAACGGUACUUUCACAUUGUGUAUUCUAUUGAUAGUGAAUAUACGUUAUAGUGUAAAAUCAUCUAAUUUACAAUGUUAUUUUAUAAUAAAAUUUGUGGUAAUGAGGAUGCAAAAUCAAAUUUUAAUCUAGAUACAAUUUAUAUGAGAUCAGAUACGAAAAGAAUGAGAAGAAAGAGAAAGCAAGAAAUGGAUAAGAUAUAUUUGUUUAAUAAAAUACAAUCAACAUUUACAUUAUUUUUAUGUUUUACGUCACUAAUAGUGAUAUUACUUAGCAUAUUCUAUUAUUUAUAUAUUCAGUCACCAUUGAAAAAGAUUGAUAAAGAAAAAUUCGACGAUGAAAGACCAACGUAUUAUGUUCUUAAUAGAAACAACGAUUCCACCGAUCAUUUGGAGAAUAUAUUUACGGUAUUAAAUAGUAUCGGAUUUAAACGUACUUACGAUGAAGUUAAUUGGAAUCUAUUGUGGUCGCAUCAAUAUCCAUUUGUAACAUUUGCUCCAAUAUUACAAAAUUUAAAACCACAUCAAUUAAUCAAUCAUUUUCCUGGCUGCGGUUAUAUUACAAACAAAAAACAUUUAUCUACAUCCGGAGCAUACUAUUUACCUCAAUCGUAUAGAAUUCCACAGGAUAAGAAUAGAUUACUCACACAUGCCAUUUUAAAUCCAAAUAAAUUAUGGUUGAAAAAGUCUAAUAAUCAUCGUGGUAUAAAGAUUGUUAAAGCUUCUGAUAUUAUUUACAAUGAUUCAGAAUCUUUUAUACAAGAUUUUAUAGAUAAUCCAUUUCUCAUAGAUGGUUAUAAAUUUGAUCUAGGUGUAUAUGUAGCAUUUACAUCUAUUGAUCCACUCAGAGUAUAUAUUUACAAAGGUGAUGUCUUACUCAGAUUCUGCACGAUAAAGUAUGAACCAUUUGAUAACAGUCAAGAGGAUUCAUACAUUAUUGGCGAUGACUAUCGACCUAUUUGGGAAGUACCAUCUCUUAAUAAUUAUUAUAUUCGUUUGGGAUAUUCGAUGAAAGAUUCAUUAUACGCAUAUAUGAGAUCAAUUGGAAAAGACUUUGAUAAUAUUUGGAAUCAAAUAAUACAAGCAAUUGAAGAAAUAGCUAUUAUGAAAGAAGGUUUAAUAAAAGAAAGUAUUCAACGUCAUGGUAAUAAAAGAAAUUAUUUCGAAUUGGUCAGAUUUGAUUUUAUUAUCGAUGAAGAUAUGAAAGUACAUGUGAUGGAAGCAAAUAUGUCUCCCAAUUUAUCAUCUGCUCAUUAUCCUCCUAAUCAAUUACUUUAUCAACAAGUUUUAUUUAAUUUAUUCUCACUCAUCGGUAUUAAUUCAAGAAUUAAAACAACUUCAAUGGAAAAAUCAUUCGAUAUAAAAAAUCAACUUUUACACGAAAUUGAAGUAGCGAAUAAAAAUUUAGCAGUAUUACCGCAAAUUUGUACAACAUGUCAAGAUUGUUUCAAAGUUGAAUGUCAACUUUGUAUUUCAUGUAUGACAGAAGAAAUUAAACAAAUAUUAAUUCAAAGUUAUAAAGAACAUCAAAACAAAUUGGAUUUUCAAAGAAUAUUUCCACCUUCUCCGCUCAGUCAUAUAGUACUUCAUAAAUAUUCAUUAAAAAAUCAGUUGUUAAUAAAAUGGUAUCAAGGUAAAUGUGAAAAGGAUCCCCUAUGGUGCAUGUCCUAAUGUUAAAUCAGCUUUCGACUCCGGUGCAUUUGGGUUUGUACCUUCAUAAAAAUUUUUAAGUAAACUUAUAGCUUCAUCGCUUUUUA